AUGGAUCAAUUUAAAACACUUUAUUAUGAUUAUUGUAAAACUUAUAAUGUUGAACCAAAUGAAAUAAUUCUAGGAGAAAUUCAAAAGAUUUCAAAUGAAGAUAAUCAAACAAAAAUUUUUAAUUUAUCUUCAUUAAAUAUUCCUGAAGAACAAUAUACAGUAUUAGGAAAAUUAUUUUCACAUGAUUCUUUAUAUACAAGUAUUCAUCUUAAUGAUUGUAAUUUAUCAAGUCAAGCUUUACAAGCUUUUCUUCAUGGACUUGUGACGAAUACAACAUGUAGAAAAUUAGAAUUGAAGGGAAAUAGUAUUCAUGGAGCUGGUACAGAAGCAUUAGCAAAAGUACUACGAAAAAAUCAAACAUUACAAAGUUUACGACUUGAAUGGAAUCAAAUCGGUUCUAUGGAUUCUCCAGCUUUUAGUAGUUUUUGUGAUGCUCUUAGUGUUAAUAAAAGUUUAAUUGAACUCGAUCUACGUAAUAAUGACAUAAGUCAUGUUGGUGGUUCUGAAUUAGCAGCAGCAUUAAAACGAAAUGUAACAUUACGUGUAUUAGAUCUUCGUUGGAAUAAUAUUGGAUUAGUUGGUAGUCGAGCUUUAUUAGCAGCAUGUCAAUCAAAUUCAACUCUUAAUGAAUUAAAUUUAACUGGUAAUAAUGCACCUGAUGAUAUUAUGGAAAAUAUUAAUAAUGCUUUAGCAAAAAAUACUGAAAAACGUCAAAUACAUUUUGGACAUUCACAAAAUAUGGCUAUACUUGCAAGACAAGUACAAAAUAUACAUACCGAAAAAGAUCAACAAAUAACAAGUGUACUUAAACGUGUAUCAUUACAAGAACAAGCAAUGCUUAAAGCAAAUAAAUCUUUAGCUGAAAAAGUUAAAAAAUUACAAGAAACAAUAAAUGAUCAACAAUUAGGAUUUAAUGCUAUAUCAGCAAAAAAUGCAUUACUUGAAGCAGAUUUAACUGUAGCAACACAACAAUAUAAUGAUGCAGAAAAUGAAAUUAAAAAAAUGAAAAUUGAAAAAGAUCAUUUAAUACAUCAAAUUCGACGAGAAUAUCAACAAGAAAAAGAUGGAUUAUUGAAUAUUCAAGAAAAAUUUCAACGAGAUUUAAAUGAAAAUUUAGAAAUACAACGACGUUUAAAUGAAAAAGUUCAUGAUCUUGAACGAAAAAAUGAAACAUUACAAACAACAAUUUAUGAACUUCGAGAAACUAUAACAAUUAAUGAUCGUGAUCAUCAUUUAAAAAUUUCAUCAUUAGAUGAUGAAAAUCAACGUUUAAAAUUAAAACAUAAAGAAAAUUUAAAAGAUUAUGAAUUAUCAAGUACACGAAAUAUUCAACGUUUAAAAGAAUCUUAUGAAACAACACAACAAAAUUUAAAAGAACAAAUAACAAAACUUGAAACUAUUCGAACAACACUUGAACGAGAAGUAAAUUCAUUGAAAUCAAUUAUUUCAACACAAAAAUUAAAUCAUGAAGAAAUUCUACAACAUGAAAAAUUUCGUUUAAAAAAUGAAGGAGAAAAAAGACAACAUGAACUUGAAGAUCGUUUACGUUCAUUAAUAACAACAAAAGAACAACUUGAAUCUCAUUAUAAUCAAUUAUUAAUAUCUAAUAGAGAUUUUCAACAAAAAAUUAAUUUUCAAUCAGUUGAAAUUGAAACAUUAAAACGACAAUUUGAAUCAGUUCAAACGGUAAAUCUUAGAAAAGAUACAGAAAUUCUUGAAAAUCGAGAAAAAUUAAAAACUGAAUAUGAAAAAAAAUUAUAUUUAAUUCAAAAAGAUAUUGAAAUGAAUGAACAAUUAAAAGAUCGUAUAAAACAAUUAGAAAAUACUUUAAAAAAUCAACAUAAUGAUGGUCGAAAUAUAAUGCGUAAACUUGAAACACGUAUAACUGAUUUACAAGCAAUAUUACAUCAACGUGAUCAAGAAAUUAGUCGAUUAAAACGUGAUGAAGAAAAACGAUUACAGUUUUUACGUACAGCAAUGUUAGAUUAUAUUGGUCGUGGAACAAAAACAAAUUAG